AUGCGAAACUUGGGAUUGUGUGGACUUCCGUUGACAAGAAAAUGCAAAGAUGAUGAUGGGCAAUUGAUGCAGUCUGCAGAAGAAGAGGGUGAUGAUGAAUAUGAAUUCAUAGAUGGAUAUGGUUGGCGAAGUGUGGUGAUGGGAUAUGGAAGUGGAUUCGUAGUUGGGAUUGGAAUUGGAUACAUGAUUAUAAGGAGUGGAAGGCCAUCAUGCCUUGCUGCUACUCAUCAAAUCAAUAGUGAUGAGUUUGCACUUCUUGCUUUUAAAUCCCUCAUCACUUCAGAUCCUUCCAAUAUUUUGAAAAACAAUUGGACCGCCGGAACCUCUGUUUGUACAUGGUUCGGAGUUACUUGUGAUUCACCUCAUAAUAGGGUGACUCAUUUUGGAAACUCUCUUCAUGGUUACCUGCCAAAGGAGGUUUGCAGCUACAACAACCUUCCAAGACUCAAAGAACUUCAGCUAUCCAAUAAUACUUUGGAGGGAGAGAUACCACUGAGUUUGGGUGAAUGUCCUCAACUUGAGAUUCUUGCCUUGUCAUACAACAACUUUGUGGGACAUGUGCCUACACAAAUUGGGAACAUCACAAGCCUUAAGAGAUUACGCAUUUAUGACAACAAUCUAACAGGCUCUCUACCUCAAAGAUAUUUCAACAAUUUCAUAGCAAUGAUUCAGCCAGUAGAAAUUGAAUAUGAUUACUUUCUAGAUGACUUGGAGAUAAGGCUCAUCUUGAAAGGUCAGGAUCAGUUAAUUAAGAGACUUUUGGAAACAUUCACAAUAAUUGACUUAUCCUCCAAUAGAUUUACUGGACCUAUUCCACCUUCCAUAGGAAAUCUCAAGAUUCUCAAAUACUUGAACUUGUCCCACAAUACCCUCAUGGGACGUAUACCAUCAUCUCUUGGUAACUUAAGUGAAAUCGAAUCGUUGGACUUGUCAACAAACAAAUUGGAUGGUGAAAUUCCAAGUGAACUGACAAUGUUAACAUUUCUUGCAAAAGUAAACCUUUCAACGAACAAUCUUGUCGGACAAAUACCACAAUCAAAUCAAUUCUCCACAUUUGAGAAUGAUUCAUACAUGGGAAACUUGGGGUUGUGUGGACUUCCAUUGACGAGAAAAUGCAAAGAUGAUGAUGAUGGGCAAUUAAUGCAGUUUGCAGAAGAAGAGGGAGAUGAUGAAUAUGAAUUCAUAGAUGGAUUUGGUUGGCGACGUGUUGUGAUGGGAUAUGGAAGUGGAGUCAUAGUUGGCAUAUGGAAGGCCAACAUGGUUUGUGGAAUUCUUUUUGGGGUUGGUUAUAAAUAUAAGUCGAAGAAGAGACGCAACAAAGCUGCACCAAUAUGUAGGGGGUACUUGAUUCAAAGCCAUAAGAGAAUUGUGUGA